AUGCGAGCCCCUUGCAGUUGGUCACUGGUACCCCUCACUGCAGCACUGCGAGUCCAGCCUCUUUGCACCAGGAUUGAUUCCUCUGGUGAGCGGGACGUGACGGGACAGCAGGACAUCGGCGUUGGCCUAUGAGAAUACUUGACUUCUCACCACAGGAGUGAAAUUAAACCAUAUUUUGACUUUUUUUGAUCAGGGAUUUACUGUUCAACUACCAUCAGCACCUCCAAAAAAUUCUAACUUCCUCUCCUCGAGUGUUGCCCUGCUGUCCCUAGAUCUGUUUUUUGUUUUUUUCGGGCCACCAUGUCCAGGAGAAAGGUGAGAGGCCUGACCCGCACAGGCCGCCAGGUCAGCGAGGACCCUGACCUGGACAACCUGCUGUCCACCCUGUCCCCCGAGGAGAUGGAGGAGCUGGAGAAGGACAUCAUGAAAGUGCCUGACCUCAACCCGGAGGACAGGAAGAUGAUGGACCAAGGGGAGAGCCAGCCUGUGCAGCCACCUAUGAGCAACAACGUUGGGGACGCUAAACUGAAUAGCAGACGGGAGAGUGACACUAAAGGGAGGCUCAGUCAGAGGGAGCAGUCAUUUGAGGGGGAGUCAAAGAGGGAGAGCCGGAAGCAAGAAUACCUGAGGAAGAUGGGCCUGAGCCAGGAGGGCAACGAUGACAUCGAUGUUGGACAACGAAGACAAGCUAGCAUCUCCAGCGAAAGAGAAACCAGGGUGGACGACAGAAACAGCAAAGAUCCUGAAAGCUCAAAAGAAGAGCGCAGUCGGCUCUCGAGUAGAUACAGGAAACCGGAGAGCAACGACAGGGACGUAAAAGAGGAGCAUAGUGACAAAGAGAAAUGUGAAGACAGUAGAAUAAGAGACAGAAGAGAAAACAGAGAGAGCACAGGCAACAAAACAAAGGAUAUGAUCUCCAAGUUACAGGAAAGGAAGGAAGAAGGUAGAGAGAAGGAGAGGAAAGAAGACUGCAGGAGACGAGAUGACAGCAAAACCAAAGACAUCAUCUCAAAGCUACGAGAAAAAAGUGAAAAGGACGCAGGAAAAGAAAAGGAUCGAAAAUCGGAGGGUAUCAGGACACAAGGUCUUGUCUCUAAAAUGUUGGAGAAACAGAGCAAGGUAGAGGAAAGCCAGGAGAGCCAAUCAGAAGCGAAGAAGUCGAAAGCAGAGGAGAAGAAAGCUGAAGAUAAAACCAAACCUGAUGGGAAACUCGAGCGACAGCAGACUGAGAAGGACGAGGUGCAGGUGAAACACGACAAGGCCGAAAAAAGGUCAGAUAGAGAGGAGCUGGUAAACCACAGCGACCACGUGAAAGAGAAGGAGAAGAAAGCAGAAGAAGAAAAAGAUUCUACUGGAGGAAAAGUUAAAAAAGCUACAGAAACGGAGAAACUUGACAAUUGUGUUGCCAAAAGCAGCCCAAACAGCAAGGCCAAGGUGGAAGAGGAGGAGGACGAAGAGUCGAGCAUGUUCGAUGAGCUAAUGGAACAGGUUCGAAGCAAUGACCCCUUCCUCAAUGAGCUCAUCGUCAACAACUCAGAGGUUAUCAAGACCAAAACACUCAUCGAGUUUGCAGGGGCUCUGCACAACAACACGAACGUGAAAACAUUUGCUUUGGCCAACUGCCGCGCAGACGACCAUGUGGCUUACGCCAUCGCUGGCACAAUACGCAACAACAAGACCAUCACCAGCAUCAACGUUGACUCCAAUCAUCUCACCGGCAAGGGCAUCCUGUCCCUGAUCCAGGCGCUGCAGCACAACUCCACUCUGACCGAGCUCCGCUUCCAAAACCAGCGUCACAUCUGCGGCGGGAAGACCGAGAUGGAGAUGACCAAGAUUCUGAAAGACAACACCACGCUGCUCAAACUGGGGUAUCACUUCGAGUUAGCCGGGCCCAGGAUGACCACGACGAACAUACUGAGUCGCAACAUGGACCGGCAGAGACAGCGGCGGCUGCAGGAGCAGAAGCAGGCCCAGGCCAACGGGGAGAAGAAGGGGAUACUGGAGGUGCCCAAGACUGGAGGUGGAGGAUCUCUAAGAAGCUCACCCAGAGCCUCCCCGAAACCUUCUCCCUUACCCUCACCCAUGCCCUCACCGAAGCUGACACCCAGGAGACGAGCUGGAGGUUCGGCUCCACCACCACCCCCACCUCCCCCCGGGGUUGGACCUCCACCUCCUCCUCCUCCUAUGAUGGACGGAGACGUCCUGAGGAACUCUCUGUCUCCAGGUGGUGGCAAGAACACAAGGGACCAACUGCUCGCCUCGAUCCGAGGGACCAACGCCAAAGGACUCAAGAAGGUGCCGGUGCCAAAGUGGUUGCAGUGAUAUUUACUGUCAGAGUAUAAAGUGAACAAGGCGAGCGGGAGGAGAACCGACGUGAAGGAGGUGAACUCUACGCUCCCUCGGCUGCAGCGGGACAGAUGGAGAAAGUAAAACAUAAGUGCGUUGGAUGAGAAGCCCUCACUAUGAGUUCUCCCCUCAAACACUGGACCAAAAGGAGUCGGUGGAGAAUGAGUGACGCGGGGCUCUCUAUCAUCCGACUGCAGAAAGUGCCAUGAGUUUGUUUCUCCACACUUCUCUACACUCUCUACAUAUUGACGCUUUGCUGGUUAUUUGCACUAGAUGAUAUGAAGCCGAUCAUGUACCAUGUUGGCAUGUGUAUGCAUCUGAAUGUGAGCGUGGUGUGGGCGAGCUUAAUAAGAGAUUCAAAUAACUCUAUAAAAAAUUAUAAUAUACAAAAGUUUAUCGAUGAUAUAGUGGAUAUUCAUUUGGCGUUUAUUUAUUUAUGCAGAGUGUGGCCACCGUGUACCUGUCGGCUGUAAAUCUCUUCAAACUGGGAAUUCUGAAAUGGCGGAAAUAUCAGGGAAUUAACAAACAUGGCGGCCUGACUUAAGAAAACCUGGGUAAGAAAAACAAAAAAAAGGUCAAGGUGGUGUUUGAUUGUGUGUCUCUUUGCCAAAUCUCAAGACAUCUCAGGCAGGGUUUAUCAGAUUGGAGGGCGGCCCAGCGGAGUCCUGGUGCAUGACGAAAGGGUUUAAGCAUGGAAAUAAUAACAUAAUACAUUUUUUUUUUCAGGAAGUGCAAAUGGCUGUCCUAGAGUAUCUGAUGUUAUAUUUUGUACAGGAUUAUUGUAGCCUGGGUGUUUGAAUAUCUUACAUAACUGUUUAUGUAAUACAGCUACGUGUCUUAACCUUUUUUAGGGAUUCGGAAAAAGCAUUACAGGCUUAUGUCAACGAUUCUGUCGAUUUACGUUGAACUUUUUAACUGAAUGUCAUUUCUAAUAGAAUGUGACUAUCAAAAAUCAGAGUGGCACUCAUGUGUACUGUGUAAAGGAAGAUUUUCUGCCGUAUUUGAUGACACAUGCCGAUUCUCACAGAGCCUGUAUGUCUUUAAUAAAAGAUCCUGGUAUGUCUGCACUGACAUAUCACAGUUGUAAUGUUA